AUUGUUGCCAUUGUUGCUAUUUGUGUAUCUUAUCUUCUCUCUAUUCUCUCUCCCCCUGCCACAUUUCCUGAGGACUCACUGAUAAACCCCUCUGAAGGGCCCUAAUAAAAUGGCCCUCUUCCUUACUCUCCUGAUGGUGGCAAUCUACACCAUCCAUUGGGCUCCACCAGUCUUUGCAGGGUCAUACCACCCCCAGGCCAUUCAAAAACUCCUUCAAGAAAAUGACCCUUGUAUCUGCUUGAGGGGCAUAAUAGUAUCCUUCCCACAAACAUCAACCUCCUAUGGAUCCCGGGUCCUCAAUCUUAAGCUGCAUUUUACACAUGACUGCAGAGAUAAAACUGCAUAUCGGGCUGCCAAGGAUUCCAAAUGGCACUGUAUUCUCAAAUCUAAACUAGACUCUUCCCACCCUUGGGAUCAAUGCCCGUCAGAGUGCAAUAGUACUAUCCAUUACUCCGUGCACUCCUCCUGUUAUAUGCAGUAUCAAACCUGUAAUGAGGGGGAUCAGCAUUUAUUGUUUGCCACUAUAACAGGAGAUUAUGGGGGAGCAUUUGGAAGAGACUUGUCUUCUUCAUGCCUCAGCUCUCCUCCCUGCCCCCCUAAGGGACAAGUAGCCUGCUGGUACCCUAUAGCCCCUGUGGGAGUGUCUGAUGGUGGAGGCCCUCAGGAUACCCUUACACAAUUAAAAACACAAAAAACAUUGAAAGCCCUAUUUGAGAGUCUUUACCCAUCCCUUCAAUACCACCCCCUGGCUAAAGUUCAUUCCAGAGGAAAUGAAGACUUGGAUGUCAAUACCAUUGAUAUCCUUACCAACACCCAUAAACUGCUUAACCUCUCUGCCCCAGACCUUGCAAAAAGCUGCUGGCUCUGUUUACACCAGGGACCCCCCCUCCCUCUUGCCAUUUUUCUGCCACUUAAUGAUACCCUUGGGUUUAAUAUCUCCUUUGGUUGGCCCCCUAUACAGCCUUUUCCUGUUCUUCCUGUCCCAAUGGAAAAUAUCACUUGCCUUUAUAAAUCUCCUAACAAUAAUUCCUUCGAUAUCAAUGUAGGCCUUGCUCCUUUCUGCACAAAUAGUAUAACAGUAGAUUACCCUCUUUAUGCCCCUAAUUCCACCAUUUUUGUAUGUAGGGAUAUUUUAGCUUAUACCAUUUUAUCAACAAAUUGGACCGGUAAUUGCAUGCAUGCUAUGCUUCUUUCCAAUGUACAAAUUAUUGAUGGAAAUACCCCUGUCCCUAUUCCCUCCUUUGAUUAUAUUGCAGGAAGACAAAAGCGAGCUGUUCAAUUUAUUCCUUUAUUGGCCACAUUGGGAAUUUCCACAGCUGUGGUUACAGGAUCCACAGGACUGGGAAUCGCGGUCCAAAAAUAUAGAGAAUUGUCCCAACAACUUAUUAAUGAUGUACAAACCCUAUCCACCACCAUUCAGGACCUUCAAGAUCAAAUUGAUUCCCUAGUGGAAGUGGUUUUACAAAAUCGUAGAGGCUUAGACUUGCUUACCACCGAACAGGGAGGUAUUUGCUUGGCUUCACAGGAAAAAUGCUGUUUUUAUGCUAAGAAGUCCGGCAUUGCUCGUGAUAAAAUCAAGACACUCCAAGAAGAUCUGGAGCGUCGUCGACGUGCCAUGGCUGAAAAUCCCUUUUGGACGGGAUGGAAUGGACUGCUUCCCUAUUUGCUACUGCUUUUAGGCCCCAUUGCUGGUUUGCUUGUUACACUAUCUGUAGGUCCUUGUCUUUUCAAUAAGCUGAUGACUUUUAUCAGACAGCAAGUAGAUAAUUUAGCAGCCAGACUGAUUCAAAUACAUUACCAAAGUGUGGCAUGA